UAGUUCGUUACAAGAAUGCUUAAAACUUUCCCGCGGGACACCUGAUCGUGUACUGGAGGCUUCUUUUUAUCUGCUCGAAUUUUGCAGCUCACCUGUUUCCAAGCCGUGCCCUUCUUCUCAUUUUAUUUAUCGAUCGAGCAGGGGAAGGGUUCUCAAUUUGCUACCAUCAAACCUUCCUUGCAGCGAAAGUCCGCUAGCCCUGCACCGUUUCCACGCACAAGAUCGGGUUUUGUUGGUCUCAGGGGUAUUUUGGGUUUAAUUCGUCGCAGAAGCUUCGGAUUUUGAAUUGUUUUAUUUUUGCCGAGGCAACAAUUAGCGAGAGAAGCUGAGAAAAUGAGUUUCGUUUUUCGUGGAAGCAGAGGAGACAUUGAAACCGGAUUCCCAGGCUUUCUCCCCGAGAGGCGCGUCAUGAGGAUGCAACCAGGUGUUCGGCCUGCCAAUUCCAAUUCCAUGGUUUUUCUCAUCACCGUUAUUUUGUUGUUUUUGAUACUGAACUCACAUCAGAUGUCUCCAAAUUUCUUGCUUUGGUUGGUUUUGGGGAUUUUUCUAAUGGCUACUGCAUUAAGGAUGUAUGCAACCUGCCAGCAACUUCAAGCUCAGGCGCAUGCGAUGGCCGCCAGUGGCUUGCUUGGACAUACUGAAUUGCGGCUUCAUUUUCCUUCGUCUAUUGCUUUGUCUAAUAGAGGAAGGUUGGAGAGUCUUCGACUUCAAUUGUCUCUACUUGAUAGGGAUUUUGAUGAUUUAGAUUAUGAUGCUUUAAGAGCACUUGAUGCUGAUAGCCCUGAAAUUCCUUCUAUGAGUGAUGAAGAGAUCAACGCACUUCCCGUUCACAAGUAUAAGGGAAAAUCACGCCAAGGAUCCGCAUCUUCAAGACAUAGUUUUGUCAGCAUUGAUGGAACUUCACAGCAAAAAUCAUCAUCUUCUCUAGGAUCUUCUUCCGAGAAAAAGCAAGAAAACUCUAAGGCAGAUGGAACUAUGAGGAACUCAGACGACGAACUAACAUGCAGUGUAUGCUUGGAGCAAGUUGUUGCUGGAGAAUUGAUAAGAAGUUUACCCUGCUUGCAUCAGUUUCAUGCAAGCUGCAUAGAUCCAUGGCUGAGACAGCAAGGAACUUGCCCUGUCUGCAAGCACAGAGCUGGUGGUGUGGGGCACAACGGCAGCAGCGGCGGCACUGAUGCUGGUGAAAUGGAUGCUUCUUCUUUGGUUUAGUACCGUUGGAAAACUUACCGAGAACACACACUCCAUGAUUGCAGAAGAAUUGAUUCAAUAUUGUUAUUGGGUGCUCCAUGGAAGCAUGUUUUUGACCUCCACUGUAUAGUAGUUUACGCAUACUAUUUGAACUAUAGUGCUCCAUAGACGUGCUUGAACUAUACUGCUGCUUUUAUGCCCGGCCUUGCACAGUUUUAACCAAACGGUUUAUUGGAGCUUCAGUACUUUUUAUAUUUAUUUUGACUGAAAAAAAAUAAUAAAAA